AUGACGACAAAAGACGUUGCAUCAACUUCUGUUAAUGCCAAUGCUGUGAAAGUUACUACUGAUGCAUUCUUCAAAACGAACGUUCCGGAUGUAUACGCCAUUGGUGAUAUAGCCACAUUCCCAAUGAAACUCUACAAUCAAAUGAGACGUGUUGAACACGUUGACCAUGCUCGCAAGUCCGCUGAACAGGCCGUUAAGGCAAUCAAGGCCGCAGAAGAAGGGAAAUCGAUUCCUGAAUAUGACUAUCUUCCAUACUUUUACUCUCGAGCCUUUGAUCUCUCAUGGCAAUUCUAUGGUGACAACGUUGGAGAAACCGUUUUGUUUGGAGAUAAUGACCCAAAAUCGCCGAAGCCAAAAUUCGGAAGCUAUUGGAUUAAAGAAAGGAAAUUGAUUGGAGCGUUUUUGGAAGGUGGAACUUUUGAAGAGAACAAGGCAAUUGCUAAGGUCGCGCGAACGCAGCCUUCUGUUGAGAGCCUUGACGUGUUGUCUAAGGAAGGACUUUCCUUCGCCAGCAAAAUUUAGAAAAGAAAACCAAAUUGCUUCUAGGUUCUGACUUCUGUUGUGUGUUU